GGAGAACAGCGAGAAGUUUAUGGAGCAGCUAUGGUUAUUCAACGAGCCUAUCGAGAAUAUCGAGCUCGAAAUACGAAUCGGCGGCAAGCAGAUGCUGAACGGAGAGCUGCCGUAACCAUACAAAGCUGCUAUAGGAGAUAUAAACAGUUCUGUUACUUCAAAAAGCUUCACAAUGCUGCCAUUGUCGUUCAGAAACAUUUCCGUUUGAAAAAGAUGAACCAAUCUGAGCAGUCCGCUUGCCCAACCACUGAAGUUCCAGAGCAUCCGACUCUGAACGGACAAAGCAUUAGGAUUCAGGUGCCUCAAAAUAAUUCCACAUUGCUGAGAGAACAUCGUGCUGCCACCACCAUUCAAUUAGCCUAUCGUGGUCAUAGAAAACGGCAGGCGGCUGCACGUAAGAUUCAGAAAUUCAUGAAGGAAAGCCGAAUGAAGUAA